AUGGAGGAAGGUGUCCAGACCAAGGCCAUACCAUAUGCCAAGCAAGAAGGCAGCAGACUCUUCACACUCCCACCAGAGCUACGUCUGAUGAUCUACGAGUUUGCCUUCAGCACAAUCCACGUCGAGCACAGCUCAAUCACGACUUCUGAUCGAUAUGACGAGCAGCGACUCAAUAAUCGAAAAGAGACGUUCCAAAGGCUUCGCAACUCGCUCUCACUGCUGCAAAUCUGUCAGCUCGUCCGUCACGAGGCUCUCCCCACCUACCGUGCUCGCCUCGAUCAGAAUGAGCAGAAUAUCAGGGACGCAAGGCAGAAAGUCCAGAGACAAGCACUGGUGUCGUACGAGGUGAGCGACGACAGUGUCGGGAGCGACGUGAGCGACUGGCUCAAAUAUUUUCGGCGGAAGUUGCAGCUUAUUCUUUGCUCGUUGUACUUGGCCAAAGAUCUCAAGCUGGUUGAGGAGAUGCGGGAGUCUGUGGUCUGA